CGGCUUAUCGGCAGUCGAAACACACGAUCCUCAUACUGCUGCCCUGCGUCCGCGGGCGCUGCUGCCCUGCGUGAUACGGAAGGGGUCAUCAACCCCUGUGAGUCCGACAAUGAUGAUGGCGAUAAUCUCGAUAUUUGGCUAGAAAAUAUGUUGGAGGAGCCAUCUAGUCUUAUUUACCGGCCAUCAUGUGUGAGGGAUUGGCCAAAAGGAUGUGGUCCACGAGCUAAGCUUAAGCCUAAGAGACGCAAGACCAAACGAGCUCGAAGAAAACACAAGGCAAAAUCAAAAGAAGAGAAGUGUUGGUGUAAGCCGUGUGCGAGAAAGAGACGAGUUCACAAGAUGGAGGCUCGAAGAGGAGGUAAGAGUAGAAUGGAGGAUGGUUGGAUUUGGCGAGCUGGUGAUUGUAUUGGGUUAUAUGGUUGGGACCCAUGGCCGUCGGGGGAGCUAAAAGAAUCGGUCGAGCACUUGAGGUCGGAUGGCGAUGAGAGUGCGAGCACGAGCGAAGAACGCGCAUCGUGCCGUGAUGCGCGCAAGAGGUCGAAGGGUCGAGAUGGUGCACGGGCGAGCGACGUCGAGAAGCUGGACGCAAGCAACGCACGAUGGUGCGCAUCGGAAGAGUCGACAACGGAGGUUAGCGGCACGCGGAUGGCGUCGGGCGUACGCGGGUUCGUGGUAGGUGAUCAGGCCACGGGGACGGCUGGGACGCGCAGAGCAGCGGGUGCACGGGGAUACAUGAUAGAGGAUUGGAGCGCGGGCAGUAGCCGGGACNCGCGGGCAUUACGCGGAGAACGGACGGGGCACAGAGGGCGCGCAAAUGAGCAGCACGCGGGCGCGCGAUACAACACGCGCGAGAAGAUCGGUGAGGGCAGGGCGUGCGCAAUGGCGUGCGAGUGGGACGACGCGGACGGAGUCCUAGGUGGGGCAGGAUUAGGCGACGCACGAGCGCUGGGUGCGGACGCGCAAG